UUCAGCUACAUCCUCAACUUCCUGCGGACGUCAGAGCUCACAUUGCCAUGUGACUUCAAGGAGACAGAGCUGCUAAGAAAGGAGGCUGACUUCUAUCAGAUUGAGCCCCUUAUCCAGUGCCUGGGAGACCCCAAGCCGCAUCUGCCCUACCCCACAGACAGCUAUGAAGAGGUGGUUGAGCUGUCCAGCACCAGGAAGCUCUCCAAGUACUCCAAUCCUGUUGCAGUCAUCAUCACCCAGCUCACCAUCACCACCAAGAUCCAUGCAAUGCUGGAGUCAAUCUCCUGCAGUUUCACAAAAUGGAACAAACACAUGAUGGACACCAGAGAUUACCAGGUGUCCUUCACCUUCGGGCCAUGUGACCACCAACAGGAGGUCAGCCUGCGUGUCCACCUCCUCGACUUCAUCUCCAAAUCUGGGUUUACGAUACGCAACACACGUGUUCAUCACAUGAGCGAACGGGCUAAUGAGAACACAGUGGAACAUCAUUGGACAUUCUGCCGCCGAGCUCGCAAAGUCGAUGAGUGAUGGAUGAAACGAUGAUUGAUUUACAUUACAGA